UGGCUUGCCAUGGUUGCACUAUGUUUUUGAUAUGACAUUUGAAGUCAGGCCUUCCGGGCUCUGUUUAAAUUUUCCCUGUCAAAAAAACAAAACAAAAAACAUAACAAUUUGCCUGUAAGAUGGAGCAAAGUGCUUUGGAACAGCACCGUGCCGACGCUGGACAUGUAUUUGGCCACUGUAGCAGAGAACGUGAACAGGAAGCUCAACUUUAUGUGGUUAACCAGCCGUUGCAGAGCACUUGAAUGCAUACAGGAAGUUAGUAUCACUGGUGUUAAGCCUACAAACGGUUUCUUUGUCUGAGAGCUUUUCGUACUCGCACAUCGAGAUAUUUGCCUUAAAAUGGCACAGGGAAAGGAUCACUCCUUUGCCAGUCGCUUAAUCAACAAAUAUCUUAAGAGUGGACAAGAAAACAAGGGACAGGAGAGUGAGGUGCCCAUGAUCUCUGAGUUCACCGUCAUGUGGGAUAAGUUGAUGAAAGAGUUCUUAGCAAAAGCCAAAGAAGAUUUUUUAAGAAAAUGGGAGUGUCCCGCACAGUGUACAACAACCCUGGAUGAGUUUGAAAGGUUCAAGACUCUGGGCACUGGCUCAUUUGGACGUGUGAUGCUUGUGAGGCAUAAAGGAACAAACCAGUUCUACGCCAUGAAGAUCUUGGACAAGCAAAAAGUGGUGAAGUUGAAGCAGAUAGAACACACACUAAAUGAGAAAAGAAUACUUCAGGCCGUCUCCUUCCCUUUCCUUGUCAGACUGGAAUACGCUUUCAAGGACAACUCAAACCUCUACAUGGUGAUGGAAUAUGUGCCUGGUGGAGAAAUGUUCUCACACCUCCGACGCACUGGAAGGUUCAGUGAACAUCAUGCAAGAUUUUAUGCAGCUCAGAUUGUGCUCACUUUUGAGUACCUUCACUCCUUAGACCUCAUCUACAGAGACCUAAAGCCUGAAAACCUGCUCAUAGAUCAACAUGGAUACAUCCAGGUCACAGACUUUGGCUUUGCCAAACGGGUAAAAGGCAGAACUUGGACAUUGUGUGGAACUCCUGAGUACCUGGCUCCAGAGAUCAUCCUCAGCAAGGUGAACCCCUCAGCAAGGCAACUGCAAACAAUGCAUCCACAUUCAGGAGUUCUUAUCUAUGAGAUGGCUGCUGGCUACCCUCCAUUUUUUGCUGACCAGCCAAUACAGAUCUAUGAAAAGAUUGUGUCUGGCAAGGUACGAUUUCCCUCUCACUUUAGCUCCGACCUGAAGGACCUGCUGAGGAACCUGCUCCAGGUAGAUCUUACGAAGAGAUUUGGCAACCUGAAGAACGGUGUAAAUGACAUAAAAAACCAUAAGUGGUUCUCCACAACAGACUGGAUAGCCAUCUAUGAGCGAAAGGUUGAAGCUCCCUUCUUGCCGAAGUGCAGAGGACCUGGAGACACGAGCAACUUCGACGACUACGAAGAGGAGGACAUUCGCGUCUCACAAACAGAAAAGUGUGCAAAAGAGUUUGCUGACUUUUAGCCAGGACCCCAGCAGGUUUCCACGGCUUUGGGAUAUUUGCACUCUGAUGAGAGUUAUAAGGUGGAACUGAGGCCAUCCUGUGCUCCUAACAAUCGCCUCGUUCCUUCAUUCCACACGGCUGAAAAGAGGUCGUUUUUUUGCCAUGCCCCCUGGUGCUGCUGGCACCGAUCUACAUACAGGCAAAUUAUGCAGACACCUUCACGUGCUGCAAUGAAGUACUAGACCACAUUCUCAUUGUUUUUGUUUUAAUUUUUAGUUCCAACUCUCUCUCUCUCUCUCCUUGUUUAAAUUUGAAUGUGAAAAGCAACAUGCAAAAUGAAUUAGUUCCUUUUUAAUGAGGUACAGGAAGUGGUAGUAUUACCUGUUGUUACACAUGGUGUUGAAGAGUUUUUUAAUCUAUUUUUAAUUUUUAUCUGUUGUCUGUUACAAACCCCAGCGUGUUUUUAAGGAAGGGGCCUGGUUGAGUUUUGAUUAAUUUAAACAGCAUUUUUAUUAUUCUGGUGUCCUCAAGACCUGGAAGCGUGUGUUUCCAUCUAGACCUUAAAAGGUGAGACGUCCUUUUCUUCUUUCUUUUUUUUUUUAAAGCAUGACCAAAUUGUUAACAAAAAAAUUAAAAACUGAUGCAUUCUCUUGCUUUCAGUUCUUGAGGAAAGGAAUUACUAGUUACAAGCGGUAUCAGGAAGCAGAAACAUGUAAGCGCUGUGUCAGCUAAACAGUUGUAGCAUGAUUUAUCCAUAUCUGAUCACAGGACAUUUCCUUUUUACCUCAGUCUUUUGAUGGAAAGAAAUUCUAUAUUUUCUAGGUACGAGUAUAUUUCACAAGAAGUGAAUCUGAAGAUGUUUGCGUUUUGUCUCAGCACAGUUCGUAUGUUUGUGGUACAUUUAAAAGUCUGCCCAGAAAUGCACUAGCAUGGCAUUUUCCAGUCGCUGAAAGGUCAGUUUGUUACAUUAUCUGAAGGAUACAAAGCAGUGGUGCUCACUUGGGGUGACCUUUGUCCCCUUUGGGUUGUGUUUUGAGUUUAACUGCUGUGUCUGAGCAGAGCACUCAGCCUCGAUUGUGAUGUUUUCUUUUCUUUUUUACUUUUGCAUGUGUAUGGUUGUGCAGCAGCAUUACUGGAAGCAAAUAGUAUCCCCACGUUUUUUGUUUUGUAGCCUUGGAAUUGUGUCACAGCAUGAAGUGUGAAAGCAGGUGAUAUUUUGGUCUAUGUAACGCAAAUGCCAUAAACUGUGCUGCAUAAUCACGUAGCAGCAAUAACAGAACACAGAACUAUCAUGAAGUAUUGAUUUAUGUUGGUCACAGCUAGACUGCUCCGUCUUCGGCCUGCAGUUAUAACUUGUAGUCUUUACACUGUUUCCUAACUGAAUUAAUCAAGAUUUACCUAUUCUGCUUUGCAAAGCUUAGUGGCAACUGAUUGAAAUUGCUAAUGGAUAGAAAUGUUAAAUUUUUAAAGGGAAUAAGGUAAAAAAAAAAUAAAAAAUAUUAUUUUUCAAUUAUGCCACUUCUUAAGAUUAUUUUUUGUUUGUUUUAUUUCAAUGAGACAAAUAUAACUUCUAUGAGGGAUUCUUCUGACUCAUUGCAUAUUGUGCUGCUAAAAUGUAGUCCCUGACUCCACAUUCUUUUCUCCAGCAUGACAAAAUAUUGCAUCUAUAAAAAUCUAUAUUUCAGAUGCUGAGUACCUAUGUAGGUGGUAUGCCUUUGAUGUUUUCUUUCUUUCAGAUAGCAGAUAUAUUUUUGAUUUUGGAAAGCCUGUACUCCUUUCAAGAGGAGUUUCUCUCUCCCUGUCAUCCACAGAGAAGACUCAAUUUCAAAUUACAAGAUACUGGACUCCAUUGGGCUGAGGAGGAAUCAAAAUACACAAAAAUGCGCUGUUGAAAGUCUGUCCAAAACUGACACCUGAGUCUUUACAUAUAAGAGAAUAAAAAGCUAUUUUGUUCAAUUUAAACAUUCUUAAACAACCAAAUUCAAAAACAGGAUUUAAGUAAUUAUUUGUUUUAUUAAUUUUGUCUGAGCACAUGUGCAUUUUAUGCAAUUUAAUUUAUAAAGGCACAACUAUUACUUAUGCAUUUUAUUUAUGCAUAGAAGUCUAACAAAAUAACAUUUAAUUUUCCAUAGGUUUCAGUAUGUGUAUGGAGACCUAAAAUGUUAAGCGUUGCAAACACCAAAAUUGUUUAUUUAUGUUUUUAUUUCAUUUGCUACAUCUAUAUUUGAUGCAUAUUGACACCUCUAAUGCCUACUGAAAUGUAUCUUUUUUUCUUUUGUAUUUAUUCAAAAUUAUAUAUUUUUGUCCAGUUUGAAGGGUGAACAGAUGGUAUGCCUAAAAACAACUUCCAAUGUUUUUGAAUUUGAUGAAUCUCACUUGGCCCACAAGCAUGUCUCUGUCCAACUGCCUGUGUGUAAAUCCUCUCAGAAACAAAUAUGUAGGCAAUUGCCAGCUCUUCUUCUGUAUCAUCUGUUCUACCCUCCCUCAUGUGUGUGAUGUUUGUUGAAAUUUGAUGUGAAACGACGGCACCUUUCCCUGAGCCACUUCACACUCCUCCUGACUGAAAAAAAUCAGUUCUAUGAGUUCUUGUAGCUAGUCACACGUGCCAGUAUGGGAAUCAAUAAUCUGAAAUGUGUCUGUAAUUUAGUUUGUGGAUAUUUUUGCACAUCAUUUAGAAAGCUGACACAUUAUUUUUCCCAAUCAUAUUUACUUGUGUUUGCAAGCGAAGUACACUUUUGCUGUAGCAGAUUUUAUGUAACAAAGAGGAUAUGUCAUUAUAAUAAAUUCUUUUUAUUGAAAUCAA